AUGGCGAUGCUCGCAGAGCCACGCCGUCGGAACAAAUGGUCCCUAAAUCCACGCGGGAAGCUUUGGUCUCAGGAUGACAGCAAGUUCGGUCAGAAAAUGUUGGAGAAGAUGGGGUGGAAGAAAGGAGAUGGCCUUGGCCGGAAAAAGCAGGGAGAAGUGAAUCCUCUGCGCAUUGAUUUCAAAGAUGACAACAAGGAUGACAGCAAGUUCGGUCAGAAAAUGUUGGAGAAGAUGGGGUGGAAGAAAGGAGAUGGCCUUGGCCGGAAAAAGCAGGGAGAAGUGAAUCCUCUGCGCAUUGAUUUCAAAGAUGACAACAAGGGUUAA